AUGACAGCUGCCCCUCCGUGCUUUCCUCCACUGACCCGGCUCCUGUGCUUCACCUUUCAGAGUGACCGGCUCCUCAUCAAAGGCGGCCGCAUCGUCAACGAUGACCAGUCCUUCUACGCCGACGUCUACCUGGAAGAUGGCCUCAUAAAACAAAUAGGAGAGAACCUAAUUGUUCCGGGCGGUGUAAAGACCAUCGAGGCCAAUGGGCGGAUGGUCAUGCCCGGGGGGGUGGACGUCAACACCUCCCUGCAGAAGCCCGCCCAGGGGAUGACCGCGGCCGACGACUUCUUCCAGGGGACCCGGGCGGCGCUGGCCGGCGGGACCACGAUGAUCAUUGACCACGUUGUUCCCGAGCCCGGGUCCAGCCUGCUGGCUUCCUUCGAGAAGUGGCACGAAGCUGCGGAUACGAAGUCCUGCUGUGAUUACUCCCUGCACGUGGACAUCACGAGCUGGAACGAGGGUGUGCGCGAGGAGCUGGAGGUGCUGGUGCAGGACAAAGAACGCCCUCAUUUCCUCAAUGUCCAGAGCCAGUCCUGCCUCUCUCCUGGAGUUGGGGCCCUGGAGGCUGAGGCCGUGUUCCGGGCGAUCACCAUCGCAGGCCGCAUCAACUGCCCUGUGUACAUCACCAAGGUCAUGAGCAAGAGUGCGGCGGACAUCAUUGCCCUGGCCAGGAAGAAGGGGCCCCUCGUUUUGGGGGAGCCCAUCGCGGCCAGCCUGGGGACGGACGGCACCCACUACUGGAGCAAGAACUGGGCCAAGGCUGCGGCGUUCAUCACCUCCCCUCCUCUGAGCCCAGACCCCACCACACCGGAUCACCUGACCUCCCUGCUGGCCUGUGGAGACCUGCAGGUCACAGGCAGCGGCCACUGUCCCUACAGCACUGCCCAGAAGGCCGUGGGCAAGGACAACUUCACCCUGAUCCCCGAGGGCGUCAACGGCGUGGAGGAGCGGAUGACUGUCGUCUGGGACAAGGCCGUGGCCACAGGCAAAAUGGAUGAGAACCAGUUUGUAGCCGUCACCAGCACCAACGCAGCCAAGAUCUUUAACCUGUACCCAAGGAAAGGCCGGAUUGCGGUAGGCUCCGACGCCGACGUGGUCAUCUGGGACCCUGACAGGGUGAAGACCAUAACGGCCAAGAGUCACAAGUCGGCCGUGGAGUACAACAUCUUCGAGGGCAUGGAGUGCCACGGCUCGCCGCUGGCCGUCAUCAGCCAGGGCAAGGUCGUCUUCGAGGACGGGAACGUGAGCGUCAGCAAGGGCGCCGGCCGCUUCAUCCCGCGCAAGCCUUUCCCCGAGUUCCUUUACCAGCGCGUCAAGAUCAGGAACAAGGUUUCUGGAUUGCACGGGGUUUCCAGGGGCAUGUAUGACGGUCCUGUGUACGAGGUGCCAGCUACACCCAAAUACGCAACGCCCGCCCCUUCUGCCAAAUCCUCGCCUUCCAAACACCAGCCCCCGCCCAUCAGGAACCUCCACCAGUCCAACUUCAGCUUAUCAGGUGCCCAGAUAGAUGACAACAACCCUAGGCGUACCGGCCAUCGCAUCGUGGCGCCCCCUGGUGGCCGCUCCAACAUCACCAGCCUCGGUUGACCACGGGUUGAACGGAUGCACUAAGAGUGAA